ACUGUUGGCAUACUUCUCCAGCUGAAAGUUCCAUGUCAAUGGUAACUCAAACAUGGGCGGUGGUUGCUUUGACAGUCGGUAGAUGGUUUAGUGGUCCAGCUGAUUUUGGUUGUUUGUUUGCAGCUGCACACCAGAUGUUCGAGAAGUGUUGUGGGAGAGAAGAUGGGGCGUAAUGAAGGGUAGGAUGAGAAACAGAGGUAGCCGCAGCUGCUUGCUUUUUCAUUGUGAUUGGAGGCAAAAGCGUCCAAGGAUAGGUUAAGUAGGCGCCGGCAAUAAAAAGGCGUAGGGCGGUACAAAAUGGGCAGACACGUGCGAAUAUGGGACGACGCCCAUUCAUUCACAAAUCCAACUAUUCCUACCUUUCCGUCAACUGAUUCCCUCCGGUUUGUUAAAAAGCCGUCAGCUGGGGGACGGGCAUGAUCGCGGGCGCGGCCAAUACUCCAUUCCAGACCCCGCCAUCGGGGCCUCUCUUCGACCCGUCACCCACUCGCCAUUGCCUUUCCAACCCUUUCCCUCGCUUCACCAUUCGCUUUCCACCUAGGCCCUUCCCGGAUCCUGCUCUCUCGCUUUCCGAUCAUUCCAGGAUGGACUUGAUCGGACGCCUGGCUAACAGUUUCUUCUGCAGCCUCCGCCGUCUGAAAGGCCUCAAGGUGGAGGCUGAUUUCUCUGGCGAGGAAACUUUUGGCCCCGAUGUCAAGGCGGCGCCCGAGCACCUUGUCAUCAUGGUCAAUGGUCUAAUUGGGAGUGCUGCAGAUUGGAGAUACGCUGCAGAGCAAUUUGUACUGAAGCUUCCUGAUAACGUUAUCGUACAUCGCAGUGAGUGUAACACUUCAAGAUUAACAUUUGAUGGCGUUGACACAAUGGGAGAAAGGCUGUCUGAAGAGGUGUUAGCUGUCAUAAGGCGUUGGCCAGAGGUGCAGAAAAUUUCCUUUGUGGCCCAUUCUUUAGGUGGGCUUGUUGCAAGGUAUGCCAUUGGAAGGCUUUUUGAUCAUAUCCCUAAAUUGGAAUCCUCAGGUGCUCCUCAAAGUUUCUCUGCCGAAGAGCAGAAGCAACAGGUUGAGCAAUUCCAUCAUGCAAGAAUUGCUGGAUUGGAGCCUGUGAACUUCAUAACAGUUGCAACUCCACAUUUAGGUUCACGUGGAAAUAAACAGUUUCCAGUUCUUUGUGGUCUUCCUUUCUUGGAGAGAAGAGCUUCUCAAACAGCACACUUAAUUGCUGGGAGGUCUGGAAAGCAUCUAUUCCUCACUGAUGAUGAAAAUGAUGGGAAACCUCCACUUCUCCUAAGAAUGGUCACCGACUCCGAAGAUCUAAAGUUCAUCUCAGCAUUACGUGCAUUUAAACGUCGGGUGGCAUACGCAAAUGUGAACUAUGAUCACAUGGUUGGGUGGAGAACAUCGUCUAUUCGUCGUCAACAUGAGCUCCCAACGGUAAGUCAAGUAAGCUUACGACAAAUGACAAAUACCCACAUAUUGUCUAUGAGGAGCAAUCAAGGAUGGAUGACAUCUGCAAUAAAGCAUCGCUGGUUAUAGACCAAACACUUGACUUAGAAGGUAUCAUCUACCAAUUCUAACAUUCACCAAAAGUAAGAGAUUAAAAUAAAAAUUGUUGAAACGUAAAGGACUAAAUUAAGGUUUUUAAAUAAUAGGAUCGAACUUGGAAAAACAUCCAAACAUUAUGGACUAAAACAUGCAUAAGCCUUGUGUUUAUGCGCCCAUAACUUUGGUGAUCUAAGGUUGGGGAGAAGAGUAUGCUUUAUGAGUAGAAGAGAGAGAUUCACAAAAUUAGCCAAAUUAGGUGGGAACUCAAUAGCAUGCUGCUGUUCUUGCCACCAUGUUUAUUGUCCGUCUUGACAUAAGCUUCAUUAGUUAACUACAUGACUUGACCAUCUCUGCAAGUUCUCUUGGUGCCUAAUUCUGAAAUUAUUUUGUUUAGACCUGUCAUUGAAAUAGUU